AAGAUUUCACCACAGACUCAAAGUCUCACUGCUUUGACACAAACACAAACUCCAUCGCUUCCUUGUUCAAACAUUUAUUCCUCUUUCACUGUACGGACACAUAGAAGUCAACCUCGGAUGAUCUGCUCAUAAUCAUUCGACAGCCGAGAUGGGUGUUGUUCUGACGGUUGUUGCUUUGCUCAUUGCUCUGAUGCAAGGUGUCUUUUGUAAAACCUGGAAUGUGAUGCUGCCCAAAAGCAUUGUGGGCAUCAGUGGGUCUUGUGUCACAGUCCCAUGUGGUUUCGAGGUCCCAGACGAGAUGGAAAAACGUGUCCUCAACUGCUCAAAUAAAGGUGUUUGGAGGAAAGGAAGUCUUAGUGGUCCUAUCAUCACCGCCACUAGCAACAUACAAGGAACAAUAUUCGGGGACUUAACGAAGAAGAACUGCACCACGAGCUUCCACAACUUCCUGCAGAACUACAGCGAUGUUUACUUCUUUAGGCUGGAAUGUUUGGACACCCUUAAGUACACUUUCCCUAAUGGAGUCAACAUCAACGUUCGCCAAGACCCGUCUCCCCCCCUGCUGACAUUGGAGAGUCCGGUGUCAGAGGGAGCCCAGGUGAAGGUGCGGUGUUCAGUCCCAAUGCCCUGCUCCAUCCUGCCCCCCUCCCUCACCUGGCUCCCCCAAGACAACUCCAGGCAGGAGGAGAAAGAAAUUCAUCAGAACGUGGAUGGACAGAUGAUCCUGACGUCCACGCUGACCUUCAGCGCCUCAGCCGAGCAUCACAACCAGAACAUCACCUGUUCUGUCUCCUACCCGCUGACAAAAGGGGGCAGCAGCAAGCCGUCUGCAACGUCUCAGACAUCCACCGUCCUCUAUGCUCCGAGAUUCACCAUGGCGACACUCAGCCCGUCUGGUCCCGUUUCUGAGGGGCGCAUUGUGACCCUUUUGUGUUCGAGUGAUGCCAACCCCCCCGUGAGCCUGUACACCUGGUACACAACCGACUCUGGAAAUCUGACUAAGAAAGGUGAAGGAGAUACCCUGUUCCUAAAGGUCAAUCGGGAGGACAGCGGGGUGUAUGUGUGUGAAGCUCAAACCGAGAGGGGCUCUGAGAGGUCCAGACCGGUGGCUCUGGAGGUCAAACCCACUACAGACAUCAGUGAUUCACUUCAGAUUCCCUACAUUAUAUGUGCGGCCCUGCUCGUCCUCUAUGUCGUCACUGUUGCUGUGACUAUGUACAAGUAUCAAAACCUUUCCAGGAGGCUGAAGCAGCUUGAGCUGAAGGGGGAACACACCUACACUGAUCUGAGGAUCUGCAAUGUCAGCUCUGACUACGAACAACUCCAGCGCCAGCAGCCUAAAACGAUGCCCGCUCCUGAUGUUUCCAACUAUGAGAACCUGCAAAUAUCGGCCCGCAACCCAGUUUCAAACAUCAACGGCAGCCAAAGUAGAGAUAAAGGAGAAAAUGUUCAUUAAAGUGGUCUAAAUAUAUAUAUAUAUAUAUAUAUAUAUAUAUAUAUAUAUAUAUAUAUAUAUAUAUAUAUAAAAGCUUCAAAGUUAAGUAUAACUAUAUUUUAUGUCUGGAAAUGUCUAUAUUCUUUAUCUACUUGUUUCAAGCGUCUAUAAAGUCAUGGCAUGCUUAUGUUUAGUUCAAUCUCAUUAAUAAGGCUAUAUUAAGUUUUGAUUUUCUUUUUAAAAAAUCAUAGAAAUGUGUGUUUUAUUGUUCUUCGUACAUGUUAAGUAUCAGUAUUACGCUGGAUGAAUGUACAUGUUAUUGAAAUUGAAGCUGUUCUGAAUAAAAUGGCACCGAGCAUUUGAUAUAAA